CCCUCUAUAGAGGGGAGGGGACCAGGCAUUUCAGCAGAGCUCAGCCGGCAGCAGCAGCCUCCGGACUUUCACUCCCAGCUCGCCCCCCUCGCCAGCAUGAACGGGAAAGCCCUGGCGCUGCUCACUUGUCUGCUCCUCUCCCUCUCGGAGGAGAAACCCGUCAGCCUGACCUACCGAUGCCCCUGCAGGUUCUAUGAGAGCAACGUGGCUAAAGCCAACAUCAAGCACCUCAAAAUCCUGACCACCCCGAAUUGCUCGCUGCAGAUUGUUGCAAGGCUGAAGAACAACAGUAAGCAAGUGUGCAUUGAUCCCAAGUUAAAGUGGAUUCAGGAAUAUCUGGAAAAAGCUUUAAACAAGAGGUUCAAGAUGUAAGAGGCAAGCAUUGUAAGCCGUCUACAGGAUUUCUUACUGUAGGACCCAGAGAGCAGAUAACCAGUAUUAGGGAAUGAAAGCAUUUCACUGUUAUCAUGCAGCACAAAGGCAAGGCUUCAUGCAUUUCCAAAGGCUUUUCUCUUUUUUUUUGCACAAAUUGGCUUGCUUUCACAAUACAAUUUUAUGGAGUAAUGUGUUUGUUUUUUUAAAAAACAAUCUUUUUGUAGUUUGGUUUAUCAUCUAGCACUGGUGGCAGUGAUGAAUUUAGACUAACCCUACAGUAUAAUAUUGUUUUCCUUGCCUGUAUUAUUUAGCAAUCGCUGUUAAGUUCAUGCCAGCAUCCAAGAGUUUUUACCUAGCAGGACAUGAGCUGUGAGGUGCAAUUCGAUCAUGUAAUUCCUAUGUUCCUAUGCUCCCAAUGACUCAGCAUAAAAAGCAAUGCAUUUUCCCAUUCCUGUAACCAGAGCUUGUCUGCAGCCCUACCUGAGACAGGACACAGGGCAGGAGAGUAACACUGGGGCUGGCCCAAGUCUGCACAGUAGAGUGUGAUUUUGCGAGUGUGCGUGCGGGCAAAUGUUCCCAGUUCCCAGGUGGAGAUGCCUCUGUCUGCCGGUGAAACGAUCUAGUGUCCAGAGCUCCAUUUACAACAAGGUAUCACUCAGGAGACACGUGCCACCUCCGGCAACCCUGCAGGCCUGUUAUUUCUCCCUCUUGAUUCCCAGCUCUGUUACCACGUAUAAAGAUAUCUGAAAUAGGAAAUGUAGAGGAAAGGUAUCUCAGCGAUGGGGCAGUCUCUUUGUUACACUGUGCACUGAGAAAUGGGGAAAAUCCCAAGCAGCAAAAUAUCUGUGUGAUACCCAACAUUGUGUAUUGGGUGGGUUUCUUCAGAAGGAAUCUUCUCCUUUAUGUGGAGCUUGUAUUCUGGGCAUGCAAGGGCUACUAUACUAAGCACUCUCUUCUGUUGCAAGUAACUUACAUGCCAAAGCACUGUUCUGUCUGUCCCAGGGAGGUCUUAUUUUCCACUUUGGUCACUGUGGCAAACUAAGUGUUCUCCUCCCUAUAGGAUGUGCUUUGUGGGCACCAUGUCGCCCCAUCAGCUUUGAAGCAGAAACCACUGAAAACAGUGCAUGUGAUUUGGCCUAUUGUUUUUUUCCUAUGACGUUGGUGCUUUUAUGUCUUGUGCACCCUCUUUUGUAGGCAUUUGGGGAGUAGGGGUCCAGCACCACUGACAUCAAUGGCAGUUUUACAGCUGAUUUCAAUUGGAGCCAGAUCAGAUCCUCUGUCAUUUGUGUAAAGGCAAAAAGAGCUUCCGUGACCAAGAAAACCAUAGACCAGUGCAUCUUCCAUAUUGUGUGUUUUGUCACCUAGGGGCCAGAUUCCCUCCUGAUAUAGGUGUCUGCAGUUGCCAGUGACUUGGCUGGAAAGUAUAUUCCUGCAUCAGAGGUAGGAGUCACCCCCAGGUUUUUAAAGAAGCCCUGGAGAAAGUGCCUACGAAUUUCUAUUCUAACACAGAAUGAUAAUCUGUCUCUCCUACCUGCUGGACAGUGACUCCUCAUGCACGUUGUCUGAACUGGGCACCAGCUCAGAUCCUGCUCCCAUUGAAGCCAGUUUAGACUGAAAUCUCGCUCUCUGACUGGGUGCAUUUGCCACAACAGCGGCCCUUUAAAACCCGAAACCAUGUUCUGCCUUCCAUGACAAACCCCUUUAAACAGCCCUUAGUGUGAGGACUGACCUCCUGGGUGACAAAGCCAGCCUCAGUGGGUCAGUGCUCAGAGCACUGCAUUUGGUCUCCCUGUGUCAGCCAUCAUAACUGCUGCAAACCUUAGUGUAGACAGCCACUGUAAGCCAGGCAUGGCACUGGUGCAAUUCCCCCUGCUGGAGACAAAAACAGCCAGCAAGGCUGGUGCAGCAGCACUGAUCACACUGAUGGAAGGGCACUGGUCACUUGGGGUACAUCUACACUACCUGCCGGAUUGGCAGAUAGCGAUCAAUCUAUCAGGGAUCGAUUUAUCACGUGUAGUGUAGACGCAAUAAAUUGAUCCCCGAUCACUCUCCCGUCGACUGCUGAACU